AUGUAUAUUACUGAAAGCGCAUCUGCGAUGAUUGCCAAGUAUGGAGGUAAGCUUACAGAGGAACAGGCGAAGGGAGAAGCCAUUCGCUCCAUGGAGCCUUUCUCUCUGGAAAUUGAGUCCGUUGACUGGUGGACCCUCUACAGCUCAAGUUGCCGCCGAGGGAAGCCAGAUGUUCGAUCUUCCCAAGAUUGGUAA